AAAGCGAGACAAACCGCGAGAACGGGACAGCGCAAAGUGUGCCGAGUGGAAAGAGUCGUCCCCUUUCUCCCGCUAGUCCACUAACGGUUAUUCCGUCCGGGAAUCUUGUAUAUAAUCGCGAUUUGCUCUCUUCUCCUUGAACGCUUUAUCAGCUUAACCAGUGCGAUACGCUUCAGUCGUGACAUUGCGCGCGCACCGGAGGAUACCGCGCCGUUAACAUCGAUCGUAUCCGCUUUUGCUUUGCAGUAUCGCGGCGACAGUAUCUGAGCACACCCGGUUCGAGCGCGACACCCUUCCAGGCUACUUGAUCUCACCUUUCUACGAUUUACUCGCGUCGUUUUGUUUCAUUUCCUCGUUGUACUUACCGUGACACUAUCCUCGAUCUUGACCUUCGUUCUCACCGAAAUAGUGCUCCCACGAUAUUAACGCGUGACAUACCUCGUUAUCAUUAAGUGAACUCGCGACACGCAGUCAGCAUUUGCAGAUAAGAAUCCUCGAACGAGUUCCUAAACGAUAGGUUUCGUUUUGUUGUCUAUGAAAAGGUCUGCUGUGCGUGGGACCUCGGAUAUCCGGGAGAAUCGAAUUACAAUAAGACCAAAUACAGAAUGGCGUUAACGUACUGGGAGAGUAUAUUAUUGGUGAUAAUAGCGCUCGUCGCUUUGCGAGCUUUUGUAAAAGCCGCUGUUCUAGCGUGGAAAAAAUUAAUCGCCCCGAGUCUGGGACUCGGAAUUGACUUACGAACUCAAGGGAAAUGGGCAGUGAUAACAGGUGCGACGGACGGACUUGGGAAAGCGUUCGCCAAAGCGCUCGCUGAAAAAGGUUUGGACAUUGUUUUGGUUUCGCGAUCUAUGUCCAAGCUGAAAGACGUGGCUGCCGAAAUCAAGCAGAAAUACGGAGUCGAAACCCGCGUCGUGGAAGCUGAUUUAACAGAGGGCCAAGUGGUUUAUGCGGAAAUCGCCAAAGCUACGGAAGACUUGGAGGUGGGCGUCCUCGUUAACAAUGCCGGCGCAAGUUACGAUCAUCCGGAGAUUUUCACGAACGUGUCGGAGGAAGUUCUUGCCAAGAUACUUCAGUUAAACGUUGCCGGCGUAACUGGGGUCGCGAGGGCUCUGCUACCUGGUAUGUUGGAGCGGAAGAAGGGGGUAGUAAUAAACAUCAGUUCAACGGCCGCCGCUAUACCGAGUCCUUACCUGUCCGUUUACUCCGCCAGUAAAGCAUACAUAGACAAACUCAGCGCCGAUUUGGCAGCGGAAGCGGCGCCAAGAGGGGUCACCAUCCAGUGCGUUCUUCCUGGACCCGUCGCAACAAAAAUGUCCAAAAUCAAGAGAGCAACGUGGAUGGCGCCUACUCCGGAGAAAUUCGUCGAGGCGUCGUUAAAGACGGUCGGCAUAGAGUCGCGUACGACCGGCUAUCCACCUCACUCCUUGAUCGUCGGAUUCGUAAACGCUCUUCGUUACCUGUGCGAAACAGGCGCGGUAUGGCUAGUCACAAAGACAAUGCUUAACAUAAGAGGUCGUGCUCUACGCCACAAGGCAAAGGUGAAGGCGAGGACUCAAGAGGACGCGUCGCAACGUGCCCGUCUUAGCACCGAUUGAUUCCGGAAAAGAAGAAACGCACGCGUAUUGUAUCUGCCCGCUAUUGUGACGCAGUGCGUUAUCUUCCCAGCAAAUAUCAACUAAUAGUAACAUAGCAUCAAUGUUUAUUCACUCAAUAAUAUAAAUUCGAUAUAACGUGUGUUGUGUAACAGUAACAUUGUUGAGUAGGAAAUUAUAACAUUGAUGCUACGUUACCGAUGAUUGGUGUUUACUGGGGUUGUUAUUUGAUUUUGAGCUUUUAUUCGACGGUACCUUUUGGAGAAAAAAAAUUCGAUCAAUUUUGUACGUUAUGUAUGUGUAUAUUGUAAUGCAAUUUAUUGCGGUAAAUAAAAUUAUUUUAUGUAA